AUGACCGAUCGCUUGACACAGCUCCAAGCGUGUCUAGAUCAACUCGUGGCACAAUUCAACGCCACCAUCAACUACAUCAACACACAAAGUGACAUGGCGUUAUUGGACGAAGACCCCCAAUCAACAGUGAAUUUGGCGGCCAAAGCACCCUUGCCAGGAAAAAAAGAGAGCGAGGUGAGUGGUGGAGAGGAGGGAAUGAGUCGGGAGACGGGUAUCCUGCAGGAACAGGCGGGACAAGGGUUUGAGAACGUGGUGAACGAGCUUUCUACAGAUAUAAUUUUGAAAUCUAGACAAAUUAGUAUGAUUAUCGACUCGCUUCCGGGAAUCGGAACGCUUCCCGAGACACAGCUCAAGGUGAUUGGUGAGUUGUUGAAGGAGUUGGAAGAGGCCGAGCAGGCGCGGUUGAGGCUGGUCAAGGAGAAGGACCAAUUGUUGGAGUGGUGUGAGAGCUUGAUUGUAGAUGUGUCGCAGGGGAUAUAUAAGACGCGGCUGUAG